UACAUUCAAAUAUACAGUUAUGUUGUUAUUCUGUCCUUCAUGAGAUCCCAAAACACAACUGAUCAGACACUUCAUCUCAUAUGUUUAUAAAGGUAUUCUAUAAUAUUAUACUGUAUCUUAGUCUAUGCCACUCUGAUAUUUCUCACCCAUAUAUUUAUAUAUUCUUAAAUCCAUUCGUUACUUAGAUUUGUGUGUUUUCGGAAUAUGUUGUGAAAUUGUUAGAUAUUGCUGCACUGUCGGAACCAGAAGCACAAGCAUUUUGCUACACACGCAGUAACAUCUGCUAAACACGUGUAUGUGACCAAUAUUUUUUUUAUUAAUUGCAAAAUGUAAACAUUGCGUUGAAUGUUGCAUUUUUGCAGGUGCUACUACAAUGGCUAAUGCAACCACCUCCGCUGCAACAACUGCUGCUCCAACUGCAGCGGUGACCACCACCACUCUGGCAGAUGUCACCACCACCACUGCUGUUCCGGCAGCAACCACCACCACCGCUGUUCCGGCAGCAACCACCACCACCGCUGUUCCGGCAGCAACCACCACCACCGCUGUUCCGGCAGCAGCCACCACCACUGCAGUCGCACUAACUAACCCUCCAUCUCCUAGUGAAGGAACCCUGAUUCUUCGGUUCAGUCUCGAUGAGAAAUUCACCUCGGAUCUUGCCAACCCGUCUUCUUCAGCAUUCAAGGCUCUGGCUGGCAAAGUGGUCUCAGAGGUGAACAAGAUUUUUGCUAAAACCCCAAGCUUCCUUCGUUCCAUUGUCAACUCAUUCAAGAGUGGAUCUGUAGUUACCAACAUGACCCUCGUGUUCAGUAACAAAUCUUCGGUUCCCAGCGCAUGCAGCGCACAGACAACUUUCACCAUCAGUUCCACCUUCCUGAACAUCCUUCCGGGCAGCGUCAAUGUUGAGUCAUCAGUCAAUUCAGGAAGUGCUCCCCGACCUACUGCCUUCUGUCUGGCUUUCUUGCCUCUCACUUUGGCACUGCUAAUGGUACAGUUGCUGGCUAACUAAUAGCCUGUGUCAUAGCUCCUAUGGCAUUUUUUCCACCAAUGAACGGUUUUCCAGCUCUCAUAGAGACAGCCUUAAGAUUAAGGACCUGCUUUGGCAGAAGAAUGCACAAUGGAUUGUGCCUGUGUUAAUUGGCAAAAUAUAUAUGUAUUUCAUGUACAUUCCCCCAAGUACAUACAAACAAAAACACACCUAAGUGUACCUUUUGAUGUCAAGUAUGAUAUUUGUGACAUUCCUUAAGAAAUCAUAUAGUUUUUUUUUUCUGCUUAUGAAUAUUAAAUGCAUAUACCUUUUCUUUCAAGUGACUGUAUUUAUACUUAACCAUAUAGACAUUACUUAUUUAUUUGCAUCUUCCACAUGUUUUAUAUGUUAGAUUUAUAUGGAAAAUAACUGAAAGAUUAGAAAACCUUUCCUACAACUUGUGACAUCCAAAUCCUAUUGUAUACCUUUUUUUUAUUGUGCUAUUUGAUCAUAGUUGCAUUUUUAGUUAUUAACUGAUUGUAACUACUUUAUAUCUGUUUUUUAAUUCACCAAGACCACAUACCAAAUACCUUUAUGAUAUUUACUUUUAGUUAUUUUGGGCAAAUCACUGAAGUGUGUCAAAGGGGCCGAUGAAGUAAUGCUGAGCACUGCAUUGUUUUAAAAACAUUGUAACUUCUUAUCUUGUUAAUAUUCAAUCCAAUAUGUAAAACACGUGGAAGUACAUUUUCUUCAUUACCGUUUUAAUAUAAUUCUAUUUUGGGUCGAAUAAUUUAUUCAUAAAACAUUUACAGUAUGAGUUACCAUGUGAGUAAAAUGCCUUAAGCAAAAAAAGCUUAUUUUUCUCAAAUGUUGUGCACAAAUUUGUUUUCAUCUCUGUUAGUGAGAAUGUAUCCUUUGCCAAGAUAAUCCACCCCCCAUAAUAGUUGUGGCAUAUGAACACUUUACAUGUUGCAUUUAUACGUCUGUUCAGUAUUCCUGUCCAUCUAUCUAUUUAUCUUUCUAUCUGUCAUUAAAUAAACGUUUUGAAUGAAA